CAUGUCGGACAUGAACAUGUUACCCGAACACUCGCCCGAACAUGAGCUAGUCAGGCGGGGCCUGACUAAACCUGAACUGAUUCGACUCAUGGUAGCUUACCAUGGGUUGGUCACGAAAGUUAAGGACAAGUAUUAUAAAGGCCCCCGUUGCUUAGCUUAUGUAAGACAUCUUAUUCGAGCCCUGCGCUAUGAUAAUGAUCUUUGUGAAGUGCGUAGACGUCUUGGGAAUGCUCGUGUACUGCAGGAGGAUCUUAUUCCAUUGUUAAUUUACUUCAAUGAUGACAUACCUUUAAGAAAUGAUAUUAUAAGGCUACUAGUGAACUUUACUCAACCAGUCAUCUUAUUGUUUUGUAAAUCUCAUGGUCAUAAAGAUCCAGCCACAGCAAAAUGCAUGAUUCAAGUAUCGCAGUACUUACAACAGUAUAAAAAAGAGUUUACUGUAGAACGUGUCAUGAAUGUUCUCGGCAGUAUUUUGGCUGAGCUUUGCGGGAAGGAUCGUGAAGAUCAUGAUGAUGAUGAUGAUAUUAUUAUUGAUAGAAUACUCUUGCUUUUCAGAAAUAUAUUACAUAUACCAUCUGACCCUGCUGAAGAAAAAAGGACAGAUGAUGAUGUCGAUGCCCAUGGUCAAAUAAUUUGGAAUCUUCACAUUAAUGGAAUUUUUGAGUUAUUGUUGUUCGUUGGUAGUAAUCCUAAUAAGACUCAGUGGUGCAUACAUGUAUUGGAAAUAGUCUUCCUUUUACUGAGAGAACAAACACCGUCUAACUUGGCAACAGCUGACGUACUUGUACAGGUAGCUCAAUCUUUUGCAGAGAGGCAGAAUGAUGAAAAGUUAGUUGUAUGGGGUAACAUGUUAUACAUGUAG